ACUUCAGAUGCAACCUCAGGUUAUAAUACCAUCAGCCAACAAGGCUGCUAAUGAAGAAGACUGUAGAGGUGUGAGGGUUAACAAAUGCUCUGUAUAUUAUAUCUAUUGAGUGCUCUAUUUUAAAAUUCAUAAUGACAACUGUAACUCUCUAUAAUGGUGCUAAAAUGCCCAUUGUUGGACUGGGUACAUGGAGGUCUGAACCAGGCCAGGUAAAAGAAGCUGUAAAGGCAGCCAUACUGGCCGGCUACCGCCACAUUGAUGGAGCUCAUGUCUAUGAAAAUGAGAAUGAAGUUGGGACCGGUAUAAAUGCUAUGAUCAACCAAGGGGUGGUGAAGAGAGAAGACCUUUUCAUAGUCAGCAAGCUGUGGUGCACUUACCACGAGAAACACUUGGUAAGAGGGGCAUUUGAAAAGACCCUAAGAGACCUUAAACUGGACUAUGUGGAUCUCUACCUUAUGCACUUUCCUAUGGGUGUUAAGCCUGGAAAAGAGUUUUUCCCAGUUGAUGAGGAUGGCCGUGUUAUUCCAGACAACAGCAACUUUCUAGAAACAUGGGAGGCAAUGGAGGAGUUGGUGGAUGCUGGGUUGGUCAAGGCCAUUGGUAUCUCCAAUUUCAACCGAGAUCAGAUUGAAGCAAUCCUGAAUAAACCAGGACUCAAGUACAAACCUGCCAACAAUCAGAUUGAGUGCCACCCCUACCUGACUCAGGAGAAGUUGAUUAACUACUGUCAGUCCAAAGGCAUUACAGUCACUGCAUACAGUCCUCUGGGUUCCCCAACCAGACCAUGGGCAACGCCAGAUGAGCCAUCUCUGCUGGAAGAACCAAAGAUCAAGGCCAUUGCAGAUAAGCAUGGUAAAACCACAGCACAGGUCCUAAUCCGCUUCCACAUGCAGAGAAAUGUUGUGGUUAUUCCUAAAUCUGUCAACCCUGCCAGAAUCAAAGAGAAUUUCCAGGUCUUUGAUUUUGAGAUGAGUAAAGAGGAGAUCAACACUAUAAUGAGUUUUAACAGAAACUGGAGAGCUUUUAUGUUGGAAUGGGCUUCCAAUCAUAAGGAUUAUCCAUUGCAUGCAGAAUAUUAAAGCUAAUAUAUAUAUAUAAUAUAGUAUGAUAACAUAUGGCAAGGAAGUGAUAACUGAUAAACACGGUUAUGUAUAAAAACCACAUUAUCAGCAUUUAUUUAACUGAGAUUAAGCCACUGUAGGGUAAAAAACUUGGAUAAAUGUCCAAAUAAGUUGUUAAAGACAAAACAGAGAUGUUUGAGUUAGGAGUUUAUGUUGAUCUUCAACGCAUCAGACAACACACCAAACAUUAGAUGAUCUUGCAAAUAAACUGGAAGUGCUUUUAUAUCAAAUUAUACAAAUAUUGUCAACAUUUUAAAAAAAUAUAUAUAUAUAUUCUCUGAACCAAUUCAUAACUUGUUAAAGCAUGCACUUUAUCAUUUUAAUUUACCAAUUGGGCAAAGUCUAUAACAUCUUUCAAAUAAAACUUCUAGUUACAUGUG